AAAAACUCUAGAUAGUGAUAUCGCGCUGUUGGUAAGAAAAAUUCUGACAUUUUGUAUGCACAGCGAAUUAGUGGUUUAUCUAGAGUUUUCACAAUUAGUCACAUGAUUGUUCUAAAUGCGCUCUAAUGCCGAAAGUUAAUUUUCAAGCAUAAAAAUCAAUAACAGAGAAAAAAUUGAGAAAUAUUACUUCUUAUUGACGAGUCCAAAUUAUUUCGUUCUAUAAUUAGAGAUGAUCACAUAACGUUGUCAUUACUCAAACAAUAUAUCAAUACGUAUAAAACAAAGUAUAAUGAACUGUCAUUUUUGCGCAACAUAAUGUUAAUAAGACAAUGAUUUCGCAACAUUGAUGCAAAUGAUUUCCUAACCAUGGAACCUAAUGAAGAAAAAAAAUCUUUGUCGCAAGAACAAGACACGACUAAACCAUUAAAUAUCAAUCCAAAAUUAUAUCCUGAACCAGAAAGCCAUUUACAAAGCCUUGGCUUUACCUUAAACAAUGGAAAAGCCAGAUUCAAAUUGGACGAGGAUGCACCUUUGUAUUCUAAAGCAACAGUGACAAACUUUUGUGGUGCUGAUGCAGAUGACACAUCACUAUCUUUUGUGGUGCUAGGUAAAGAUUCACUGGAUACUAUUCAACAAUCGUCACUUGCAUCUUAUGUUGAUAUACAACAAAAAUCUAUGUCUAUUGAUUACAAUUCCAUGAUAGCAUCGUGGGAUUCAGCAGAAGUACAUCGAAAAUUAAAUGAACUGUUGCAAGAAAACACUAAAUUAAAAGAAACAUUGAAACAAAAUAAUAUAGCUAUGAAGCAACAAUUCAACAGUCUAGCCACUUGGCACGAAGAAAUUAUGAAAGUACACCAAGAUCAUAAGAAAAAAUUUGCAGAGACUAGAGAAUUAAUAAAUUACCUUAAAAAAGAAAAUGCUGAUUUGAAAAUGAGGCUUAGCGCUGAAUUAACUAGUCACACAGAAAUGGGAUACGAGCUCCUUGAUGCAAAUGACAAACAAAAUAAUAGAAAAGGAGAAAAGGUCUCUAUACCUGAAAACAAACUUAGUAGAUCAGUUAUUGCUGAACUAAACUCAAUAUUAAAUGAAGAUAUUGAGAAAAAAAGGGUACAAGAACAAGAUGCAACUACCGAAUCUGUUCAAAAAAUUGCAGAAUUGGAAAAACAAAUUGUUGAUAGUAAACAAUUAUUGGAAGAAGAAAAGAGUGCAUUUCGGAAGGAACAAGAAAAUCUUAGAAUAGAAAAGAAAUUACUCGACAGUCGAAAAAAAACCCUUGAAAUAGAAUAUAAAAAUUUAAAUGAUGUUAAAGAACUUCUGCAACAAGAAAGAAUAAGUUUACAAGAAGAACAGUCAUCUUUGGAUCAACAAAGUUUGCUAUAUGAGACUCAUUAUAAAAAGGCAUUAGAAUCAGAAAAAAAGAAGUUCGAAGUAAACUGUAAUCAAUUAAUCACUGAACUUGGCAUAAUGCAUGAAAGUCUUGAGAAGAAAGAAGCAACUAUAAAAGAGCUGGAGAAAGAAUUGAUGCAGCAUAAGGAAGAUAUCAGUUUAUUACAAACACAAUUAAAACUUUACGAAGAAGAUUUUGGACAGGAGAGAAAACUCAAAGAGUUGGCGUUAGAAGAAAAAAAUGCACUAAGCGAGCAUUUACAGAAGCAAAUAGAAUUUCACGAACAGUCGAAAAUUAGUUCUGAAAGACAUAAGAACUCUGCUGGAGGAUUGCAACAUCCACCAUUACCAUAUUCGUGUCCAAAUUGCAAUCUUACUUACGAAAAUCUGCGCUUAUUGGAAGCUCACGUUAAUCGUUGUUUAAGCAUAGACUAGUGCUAGAUCUUCAAAUAUAUAUUUUUUAAAUACGCAUAGAAAUGAAUAUGUAAAAAUGAAAGAAAAUCGACGUGUAUAGAAGAAUUUCUAACAAAAAUUUCUUUAAUCUUAAUAGAAAUUGUAAAUAAGUUUUUUAGCGUUAACAGUAAAAUGUUUGCAGUUUAUUUUCCCUAACAUUCUGACACAUUUAGACAACGAAAAACAAAUUUCCUUGUAAUUUAGUAAUAAAAUCAAUUAAAUUAAAUAAUUAAUCGAAGUUUCGUUUAAAUAAGCGUUAAGAAGAUGAAAAGAACUUGUUAAAAAAUAACGCAUGUAGACUGAAAAAAAUUUGUCAUUGAAAAUUAUACUUUCAUGACUAAUUAUUGAAAUGUGUUUUUUUUUUUUUAAAUGAGAACAUGCAUCCAAAAUUACUACGAUAAGAACAAUACUUACAUCCUUGAAAGCAGAGUUGAACAA